CUGUGCUGUAAGGAAGAAAACACUGGAAAAAUGGUUCAGACAAUUGGCCCACUACAUGCUGAUGCCAGAGAGGGAGAGUUCAAAAAUCUGAAGGAAGGAAACUACCUGGUCUAUCUAGAGGUUUAUGUGUAUGGUUCUGACAGUGUCAUCAGAUCAGAGGUCAUGAGCAUGCAACCAGCUCUAUCUCCUGAUCCACCACAAAUAACAGUAACCCUUGUCGGCCUGGAAGACCGAAGACAAGUUGAGAAGUUCACCUGUGACCUGGUCAACAAGCGAGAUAGGCUGAUACGCCAGGUUGGCCAUAAACUGAGGAAAAUUGGAGCUUUGACACAUCCACUGAGAGCUGAGAAGAAUGAGGAUAUUGUGAAUGGAGCUGUCUACCUGAGCCACAUUGAGGAGCUGCUGGAAAACUGCUUCAGUGCGUUGGACAACUACACUGGUCAGUUGACAGCCCUGGUCAGCUGGCAGUGCCCACAGUCUCAUGAGGACAUUCAAGUUUCAGGCUACAAACUUCUGCUAGAUGGCAAGCAGUAUGGAAGUCCGAUGCAUGCUGGUAUCAGAACAAUCAAAGUACAGCUUGGUCUUGAGCAGCCCAGUUAUCGACUGUCUAUGGUAGCCACCAGUGACAAACCAAAAGGGGUCAGCUGUGAGUCCAACACUGUUGAAGUUCUGACCAUGCCAUUCAAGCCGUUCACAUUUUACUGCUAUCACAAAAUUCACAGGAAAGAUAUGAAAUAUCCUGCUUAUGGUUGCUGUAAGUAUCAGGACUCAAUUCAAUAUGAAAGACAAUCUGCCAAAAAACUGGCUAAUCAGGGCCUUUUGCAGAAACAGAUACCCCCACCAGCCUGCAGCGUCUUAGAUAUUUUUGAUGGCGAGUUCAAACCUCUGAUGUCCAGCCACAGCCCUCGAUGUCCAACAGCUGUUUUGUUCUGGACUCCCUGGUGCUUGUCUUCACAGAAAAUGAUGGAUCAUUUCAUCCGAUUUGCCAAGGACAACACCAAAGAGAUGAUGUACAUAGCUGUGGCAUGUGGUCUGACUGGUACAGCAGCAGAAAGCAGAAAAACCCUGGCGCACACUAUCACAGCCAACAGCUGGCGAGAAGAUCAGACGGUGUGGCACGUUACGGCCGACUGUGCUUCGAAUGUGUACGAGACCAUGAACAGCAUUAAUCGUACAAUCACAGGAAAGAAAAUUGAGCAAGAUAAAGUCACAGAAAAACUCAUGGACCUGACAGAGGUGCUAGGAAUUGCAGGGGUGCCCACGCUGUUGUUUAUGAGCCCUGAGGGUCACAUUGCCUGGCAUGGCCGAUACUGUGCCUUUGACUACUCAGCGUUUGAAUCCUUCAUGAGACAUGUGGUCAGCGAAGUCCUCAAGCAGCCUUGCCCGGUCUUCAACUGUGACAGCUGCAAGAAUGACACCACAGUCGAUGAGGAUGCUGUAGGUAAACUAUUGAAAGAAACAGCUUCGUCACAAAAUGCACACACAACAUCCAGGACUCUAGUGCCUUACAUCUGGUCCCCAAGACACACAAAACAGACGUCAGUGAGCGGCUCCACCAGCAACAUGGCCAAAACUCAGAGACCUGGUAGUCCUCGGCGAAAAGUCAGGUAUGACUUAACUGUCAACAGACGUCCGUACUCUGCUUCCAACGUCACAGGAAUGUGGGACAAGUCACCGUACGCCACCUGUGUGGCACCACAUCUGCACCGCCCUCACAAGAUCAAGCCCCGACCACUGAGUGCCAAAGUGCCACAUUACCCACACAAAGAUGCUCAGCUGAGUUGA